AUGGCACCGGCAGUGGUGGCGGGGUUGGCGGGGUGGCGGCCGUGUUCUGUGCUAGAUAAAGGGAAGAGGGGCCUCCAGAGGCUGUUCCGGCGAGUUCGGGCGGAGAUACGGCGGCAGGUGAGCGAUGGCUGUUCCGGCAAGCGCCGCUUCAGCUCCCACUACGACGCCUUCAGCUAUUCCCUCAACUUCGACAACGGCGACUCCGUCUUCUUCCGCUGA